GAAUGCAUGAUACAUAAUUGAAGAUGGUAUUUGACCAAUCUCUCUCUUUUCAUCUAAACACUUUGUAAAAGGAUUUUUGAGUGUUGGAUCUGGGUAAUUUCUCGAUCAGUAGAAGUUCUUGAUAUUCUGCCAACUGAUCUAAAAAAGAGCCGUUCUCAUCAGUAGAAGUUGAUGGCUUCAUAUGAUUCUCCUCAAGAAAAGUAUGAUGUUUUUCUUAGUUUUAGAGGCGACACCCGCUACAAUUUUACCAGCCAUCUCUACGGAGCUCUGAUUCGGGCGAAUAUUUCAACUUUUAUUGAUAAAGAUCUUAAGAGAGGAAAGAAAAUUUGGUCAUCUCUUUUGAAUGUAAUUAGAGAAUCAAAGAUUUCGGUUAUCAUUUUUUCAAAACGCUAUGGAUCUUCCAAAUGGUGCCUCAAAGAACUUAGGGAGAUCAUUAGUGGACAAAAGAAAAAAAAUGGGCAGAUUGUAAUACCAGUUUUUUAUCUCGUAGAUCCAUCAGAUGUAAGAAAUCAAACUGGAACUUUCGGAGUUGGAUUUGCUAAGCAUGACAACCGUUCUGAGACGUUAAGGAGGGAAUGGAGGGAUGCUUUGACGGCAGCAGCAAACUUAUCUGGCUGGCAUUUAGAUGGCAAAAAGCCCGAAUAUGAUCGUAUACAGGAAAUUGUCGAAGAUGUUCGGAGGACAUUGAUUCAUAUGUACCCAAGAAUAUGGGGAAUGGGUGGUAUAGGGAAAACAACUAUUGCAAAAGCUGUAUCCAACAAAAUCUUUAAGGAGUUUGAUGAUUAUUUUUUUGCUGAUGUUAACACAUCUUUGCAGAAAGAUCUUUUUUCUGCAAUUUUACAGGAUGAAAAAGCCGAUCUAGCUUGCGAGUUAACAAAGAUAAGACUUGGGUGUAAAAAAGUUCUCAUUGUUUUUGAUAAUGUGGAGUCCAAAAAACAAAUAACAGAUUUGAUUGGAGAUCUUAAUUGUUUCGGUUUAGGAAGUCGAUUCAUUAUAACAACAAGAAAUAAACAAGUGCUUAAGAAUUGUGGAGUGGAUGACACUAAUAUAUACAAGGUUGAGAGAUUGUUUCAUCAUGAAGCUUCUCAGCUUUUUAGUUGGCAUGCCUUUCAACAAAAGUAUCCACCUUCAGGUUAUUAUGAGCUGUCGAAAAGGGUAAUAAAGUAUGCAAAUGGUGUUCCAUUAGCUCUGGCUGUGUUGGGUUCCAUUUUAUUUGGCAAAAAAGAAGAAGUUUGGGAAAGUGUCAUAAAUAAACUACAAAUAAUGCCUUGGAAGGAUAUUCAAGACGUGCUAAAAGUCAGUUAUGAUAGAUUAGAUCCUAAGCAACAAGGUAUCUUUCUAGAUAUUGCAUGUUUUUUUGAAAGGGAGAGUAAAGCUCUUGUAAUUAAAUUUUGUGAUAUUGAUAACUCCGGCCCAACUUGUGAAAUAGAUGCUCUUAUCGACAAAUGUCUCAUAAGUGUGUCAAGUGAUAAGAUAAUAAUGCAUGACUUACUUCGAGAAAUGGGUAAGGGAAUUAUACAAGAAUUCUCUCAAUAUCCUGAAGACUGGAGUCGUUUGUGGCAUCCCAAAGAUAUUUAUCCUAUACUGGAGGAAUCUACGGGAACUAGAGCAAUUGAAGGCAUAUGGUUUGACAUGAUUGAAGGAAGUAAGAUAGAAUUAAAUCCUCAUGUGUUUCGAGAGAUGAAAAGGCUACGAUUCUUGAAGAUAUAUAAUUCUUACUGUGAAAAGGAUAACAUCAGUAAAAUUGAUGUUUCCCAAGGCCUUGAAUCUCCUUUCACUAAGCUAAGAUACUUCUGUUGGCAUGGAUGCCCGGUGAAUCCCUCGCAGUUGAAGUUUAAUCCACAAAACCUUGUCGUACUUGACAUGCCUUAUACUAAUGUUGAACAACUUUGGACUGAUACACAGGAUCUUAAAAAUUUAAAAAGUAUCAACCUCAGUUACUCCAAAAAUUUACUCAAAAUCCCAGACCUCUCACUUGCCAGAAAUCUGGAGAGCUUAAUUCUAGAAGGUUGUACAAAAUUGUCUGAGAUUUGCUCAUCUAUUCGAUAUCUCAACAAUCUGGUUAUCUUGAAUCUGAAAUGCUGCAAAAGUCUUUCUAGUCUUCCAAUGGGCAUUCAUUCACAAUCUCUCAGGAAAGUUAUUCUUUCUUAUUGCUCAAAUCUCAGGACAUUUCCAGAUGUGUCAUGGAGCAUACAAGAGUUAUUUUUAGAUAGAACUGCAAUAGAAAAGUUGCCCUCAUCAAUAGAGAAUCUAUCUAGACUAGUUAAAUUGAAUCUUGAAGAAUGUUCAAGGCUAGAGAAUCUCCCGAGCAAUAUCUACGAGUUGAAAUCUCUUCAACAUCUUAAUCUCUCGGGCUGUUCAAAACUUGAUGGAUUUCCUGAAUUGAGAAAUUUGGAAGAUUUGAAGGUACUCUCAUCCAAUUUAUGUGUGCGGAUCUUGAUGGAACUAAAUCUGACCGAUUGUUGUAUCAGGGAGUUACCUAAUAGUCUUGGUCAGUUACUCUGCCUAAAAAGGUUACUUUUAGGCAGAAACAAAUUUGAGAGAAUUCCAACUAGCAUCAUACACCUUUCUAAGUUGUCUUAUCUUGAAUUGGGUUACUGCGAGAGGCUUCAAUCCUUACCCGAGCUUCCAUGUCAGCUACGAUAUAUAGAUGCACACAAUUGCACAACAUUGGAAGCAACCUCAAGUUUAUCAAUUCCUUACCGAUCUUAUUUGGGAAACGUGAGAGUUAACUUCAUCAGUUGUUCCAAACUGGACCAAAAUGCACUUGGAGACUUUAUGAAUGAUCCUCUACUGAAAAUUCCGCGGUUUGAAGUUUAUAAGGAAUUUUAUCCAAGACCUAGUGCUAGUAUUUGUUUCCCAGGAACUAAAAUUCCAGAGUGGUUUAGCACUCGAAGUUCAGGGUCUUCGAUAAAUCUCGAGCUGCCAUCAAAUUGGUUGAAUCCCAGCUUUGUUAAUUUUGCUAUGUGCGCUGUUGUAGAAUUUCGAAACUAUCACAAUGAGGGCCAGGGUUUGGUUGUUGGCUGUGAAUGCAAGUUCAAAACUAACGAUGAGAUAGUAUUAUACCAUGGCACUUUGAAGGGUUGGCACUAUAAUAGUGGACCUGAAAAUGUUAACUCAGAUCACAUAUUCAUGGGAUAUGAUUUCCAUAUGUGUCCUUCUGGUUACUAUGAUAAGAUUACCAUCCAAUUUUAUGCUGAGGAUUUAAAUAAUAAACGCAUAGCCUGUUGCAAUGUGAAAGAGUGUGGGAUCCAUUUAUUGUAUACAGAGAUCAAUGAGGAGGAAGAAGAACCAUUCCCCAAGAGAUUGAAGAUUUCAAGAAAUAAUAUUUAUUCGAGGAAGAGGAAGAGGAAUCAAAUUCCCAAGGAUUGAAGAGGAAGAGGAAGAAAUCUAACUCAAAAGAUCUUGAGUGAAAUCUGAAGAGAAUAUCUUAUUCUUGAUGAGGGAAUAUUAAAAGAAUUUCUUGAGGUUUGGGAUAAUUGUAAUGCCUCACCUCCUGCAAGGUAUAGUCCGCUUUGGCCCGGCACAUCGGAGCUCACAAGCCUCACAGUUUUGUCCUCUUGCAGCCCAUAUACUACAAAAGGUGCCUCGCAGGUGGGUAAGGAACCUUCACUUAUAUGGCACUUCACACUUUCACAAGCAAGUGAUGUGUGAUCCCACACUCUCCCCACUUUUGGGACCAAUUGAUACACAAUCAUCAGCAGUUCCAAUUUUAAAGUUCAAGAUUGUACUGGAUGAUUGCACAUGAAUUUGAUUGGUGUUAUGACUGUUACCUGAGGCUGAAACCUUAACCCUUUGCGCUUUCAUAUUGUAGCAUACUUGCAUUCAUUGAUAACAAUAUGGAACAUCUAACUAUUUA